ACAGUGUGCAUAAUGUGUUGAUGGUUUAUCAUACAGCUGUGUAAGCCCUGUACAUUUCGUUGUUUGUAUUUUUCCACUGUUUUGUGUAUUUAACUCAAAUAAUAACCUGUCCUUUGACCUGAAGACGGCCGACAUUUAAAUCAUCAGAAUCAUUUGCCUUUACGAUGAAUAGAAUUUGUUUCUGAAACAUUAAAUAAAAUUAUUAUUCUUUUUUUUCGACGGAUUAUUAACACACCAUAUUAAUUUAAACUUUUGAUUUGAUCGACGGGAAUAUCUCUAUUAUUAUCGUGUAACAUUUUUUUUUUGGAAUUCUAAUCAUGGAACCUAAUCAACAAACAAUUGACACUGAUGAAUAUUCAAACGAUUCAGCUAGUGAAACAAUCAAUAAUCUUUUAUCUAAUCGUAUUUUACGAACAAGAAAUCUCGAAACAAGUAAACAACCACCAAAUGUUGAGGAACAAAUUAUUCGUAAACGUGGCCGUCGUCAAUGGGAAAAAUUAACACCAAAAACACCACCAAAACGUGCUGUAAAACGUACAUUAGGCGAUGAUGAUAAUUCAUCGGCAACGACAACAUCAAGUCCUGGACCAAAACCAAAAGAAUCACCAUUUACGAAAUGUUUACGUGGAUUAAUGAGUCCAACUCCGAAGGUAAGAAGUGAAGGAUCAUCAUCAAGAUCAUCAGUAAUCAUAAAUCGAGUAUUGAGGUCGACCGAAUCACAUAAAUCAUACUAUUAUUCACCACAUCAACCUUAUAAUCUACGUUCAAGAGAUGUAAAUUUCCGGAAUUCAAGUAGAACCAGUAUCACCAACGAAACAGAUGAUAGUGGCAUUGGAUUAACACCAGAUAUUGGCAGUAAAGAUACUCCAUCAUCUACAAUUAUCAGAUCAAAUUCUUUGCCAAAUUCAUCAUCCAAUAUUAAACGAAUCAAUCGUAUACGACGAAGAUUUGAUUUUAAUUAACGACAAUUCCAUUUGAUUUUCUUGCAACAUUGAACACUUUUUGAUAUUGAAUUCAAUUAACGAAACAUUAUUAUUAGUCAAAUUUAUAAUUA